CGACGUAGGUUGUGCAGUAGGUGCAGAUGGAGGCCAGGGGCAAGUCAAUGGUGAGGCCGAAGGAAAUGUGACAAUUGGGUUCCUCGACACGGUCGAAGAGUACGGAGAAAGGUACGGAGUACGCAUAGGAGGUCGGAUCUGGCAAACGUGACCGAAGCGCAGAUUACCGCCACAGCUGGCAAGAUUGGCGAAUGUGAUUGGUUGCAGAAAUAACUGUUUCGAUCAACUGGUCUGUCACGCUGAGUUGAGGACUGAGAGGUUCACGCUGGCGGCCAGGGAGAAACGAGAGUGAACAUGUUCAGCCAAGCCAGAUGGGGCUUAGGCGCGGCAACCCAUGCGAGUGCGACGGUGCUGAAGAAGAAGAGACUUCUAUCAAAGUCUGGAGUCUGUCUGGAGGAAAACCUGAAGGGAACGGCGUUUUGCGUUGGCUCGGCAGUGGUAAACGGCGUUGGACAGGGAAUACCUUGCCAGCCUUGCUCGAGAGUCGAGACUCCAGUCCUUGCGAGUUGCGGGACGCUUCGGGCGUGGAGGAUUCGAUCAGUGCGAUCGACCGGCCGUCAAGAAUUCUCGGCGCUUGCUCCUAGUUCUCGAACGAUGAAGAAUAGACACAGGAGGUUGAUGGUUGACUGGUUGGCUGGUGGGAAACCACAGACAGACAGGCUGGGACAGCCAGCCGUUUCGUAUCAACCGAGGCUGUGUUUGUUUCCUUUGUCUCGCCGUGUCAAGAAACGUUCAGGGUCUGUGAGGUGCCUUAGUAGGAUCUGUCGGCGCUAGUAGGGACUUGUGGACAGCCGUCAAAAUUCCAAAGGAUUUGAUGUAUCCGUAUGGCUAGAACAGUGCUGCAACUGUCGAUGUGACAGGGUUAAUUGAGAUA